AUGUCAGAUACCUGUACCGAUAAUACGACGGAACUCUUUCCUCCGCUCACGAUUGCUCGCGGUAUUACAAGUCAAAGCCAUCCGUGGCGAUCGACAUUCGCUUCCCAGAAUGUCCCUUCAGCAACCAGAGCGAUCGUCAAGAACCGGUUCCUCGACCUCUAG